CGGAAUUUGCGCUACAGACUGGCCAGGGCGACUCGGCAAGCGUUGGACGUCGGAGCACUGCCCGUCAGGUCGCGUGGUGCGUCAUCGCAGAGAAUAAGAGGAGAAUGAGGAAGCCUCUCUCUAUAGCAUUCCGUCCACGUGAAGAUAUUCAUCAUCAUGCGAGCUAUACGAGUGAUUAUCGCAGCAGCGGCGCUUGCAGCGCUGGGACAAUCCACACCGACGCUCAGGCCGACGACAGCGGCUGCAAGGCAAGCGGUGGCGACUGCAGCCAACACUUUCUCCCUGCGGCUCUACCAGGAGUAGGGAGAGUGCUUGUGGGAAAAACCGAUAUUUCCGGCAUGUGGAUAUCACCCAAAUUGCCUUUCGCACGACGCAGCGAGGAGCGGAUUUUUCUUCUGGAUUGCUUGUUCGUCUGGAUCUUUAUCUUUGAGCUGUCCGGCAAGGGAGGCCCUGCUGGUAACCACGCUACUGCCGGCAGAGCCCAAAUGAUCAUGAGGCCACGCGAGCACCCCCACCAACAACGUAAUGCAAUUUCUAGGAGCCGCUCAGAACGAUCUUACGCGGUGAAGACAAACGCAAACAACGUGGUGAUCUCCCCGCUGAGCGCUGCAGUGCUGCUGGCGCUCACCCGCCACGGAGCCGCGGGCGCCACUGAGCAGCAGAUCGCCUCCGCCCUGCAGCUGACCGAAGGACCACAGCCCGAAGUUACCGUGCGCUCCUGGACUUGCUGCAGGUACUCUGGGCUCACCUCGCUGCAGGUGCUGAGUCAGAACCUGCUAUUCAAAAUUGCAUUCAUGAUGGCAGAUCACUGAGAAACAAAUGAAAAGGAAAACACUUCCCAGGCGAAUGCUGGGAUGGAUGUGCUGAAGGGUCACAACCGCGAUACAGGCAACGCGAGCCGAAUUCGUGAAGUAGGUGCAGUCACGACGGUUAAGCAAAUUCAAGAGAUCGUGAGUUCCUAUUCGGGGUAGGGGAAUAUUACGGCGCAGGGGCCAAUUGCCCUUCACAGGACAUACAGGGUGUCCGAGGAGGAAACGUCAAAACUUCAACAAUAAGCUCUUUAGACAAAUUUUCAUGCCAUUUUGUUUGAUACACUACUUGCAUAUUCCAAAUGGCUAAGUCACAAUAAGCACUCAAGAGUUGGUUUUAAAAAAAAAUAUUUUGAGACAAAAAAUGCAGAACCACAC